AUGGGCCGUCUCCUGGGAGUGAGCUGCAUGCUCCUGCUCAUCCUGACCGCCUCCGUGUCUUCAGCCUCCCUUGUUCCCGAGGACUACGCAGCCGACGAGGCCGAGCACAAUACCAACGACGUGCUGUUCGACGACUACCGCGGCAAAGGCUGCGUGGACGACAGCGGCUUUGUCUACAAGCUCGGCGAGCGCUUCUUCCCCGGCCAUUCGAACUGCCCAUGUGUAUGCACCGAGGAUGGACCCGUGUGCGACCAGCCCGAGUGCCCCAAAAUCCACCCCAAGUGCACCAAGGUGGAGCACAACGGCUGCUGCCCCGAGUGCAAGGAGCUCAAGAACUUUUGCGAGUACAGGAGCAAGACGUACAAAAUACUGGAGGAGUUCAAGCCGUCUCCGUGUGAGUGGUGUCGCUGUGAGCCGAACAGCGAGGUGCACUGUGUGGUGGCCGACUGUGCCGUUCCUGAGUGUGUUAACCCGGUGUACGAGCCGGAACAGUGCUGCCCCAUAUGUAAAAACGGUCCGAAUUGCUACGCCGGAACGACGAUCAUCCCGGCCGGCAUCGAAGUGAAGGUGGACGACUGCACCAUCUGCCGCUGCCACAGUGGGGACUGGUGGAAACCGGCGCAGUGUCUGAGGCGCGAGUGUCUCAACGGCCAGACUUCAUAAAAACUCUUACGGGUAAAAGAGAUGGAUAGAAACGUGAUUGACAGCAGCGCCCAGACACGGGGACGGCCCACCUCGAGGACACCGAGGGAGGGACUGACCGGCACGAGCACAAUACGGCUGGCUAAAGUGAGGCUGCUGAGAGACACACACACACACUGAUACACUUUACAGCUCGGAGAUGUUGGAGUGGCGGAAACAUCAAAAGACACUGUUGGGGUGUUUUUUUUUGUUUGUUUGUUUGUUUGUUUGUUUUUCUUUUAAUGGCUUCAUCGUAGGUUUAUUUCUCACGUAUGCUGCUCAAACACAGAGUUGAUCUAUUUCAUGAAUCGGUGAGGGAUGAUAUUUAUUUAUUCGACGCAGUUUGGUGUGUAUCGUGACUGGAUACGAGCGCAUUUCAACCUGGAGUCUGUCUUUAAUCUUCGUUGCAUUCUGAUGAGUGGGUUUUGAAACUUAAAGCCAGCUGUACACUGUGUGGUUUUUGCUGUGUUUAAAAAAAAAAAAAAAAAAAAAAAAAAAAAGAAUUUGUUGGUCGAGAUUGCUGGUUUUUCUGGAAAGGGUGUGGAAUUAUUACUAUUAUUAUUAUUAUCAUCAUUUUAAUAAGAAAUCGCUGCUACAACGCUCAUCUAAAAUCCACCAAUGGGAGGACGGAAUAGGAUGACGCCAGACUCACGGGAGAGCUAGAAACAUGGUGGUGGAGGUAGCGAAACAAAAACAAAACAUGCUAAUGGACUAAAUCUCUCCUCAAGCUCACUUUUUCAGCACGAGCAGAUUUCCGGAUCGCGCCGAUUUGUUGACGUUAAACAGAUCGUAGUUAUUUUUUUAAUCACAGGCUCUCCGUCCUAUGAUCAGACCUGGAGAACACGUUCUAAUAUUCGGCAAAGAUUUGAUCAAAGCCUUCUGAAAUCGCACAGUCUAAACCGGGCUUUAGCGGUACCGUGGUACUGUCCGGCUCAGCCGCAGCACCGCGUCACCAAAUAUCGAUAAGAGCGCUGCUCUGAUGUUCUGCUGUUUGUGAUUCUGUCAGCGUUAUUUCAUUUUCUUUCAUCACAAACAAGUGAGGCUCGUGCGAAGAGCUGGUACUGAGCUUUAUCGCUAAACAUCUCUGAUUAAUACUGAAAUGCUGAAGUGUACAGUCGGUGGAGGAAUAAAAUAAGACGGGAAUGUCAUACUGUAGGUGCUGCGCUGCAAACUAGUGAUUAGUCUCAUUAAAUUACGCACCUUAUGAUUGUAUUAUUAUUAUUAU